GAAAACGGAAUAAAGUAUUAUAUUUCAUCCCGUAACUAAAUAAAUUAUUUUUUUUAGCUUUAAAUCAAAAAAUAUAAAAAGGUGUGAUAACGGAUAGAGACGGUUACCACGGUAAUGUUUGAGUUCGUCGGUUCCCGAUCUUCUUGUUGGUGAAAAAAAAAAGAGUAAAGAUGAACCGAGCAGGCCGCCCGUUGUUCAUGAAGACCUACGGCAAACAGAACCGGAAGUUGGAGGCCUGGAUCUCCCCUGACAACCGAAAACAGGUUUUCGCCAGCACCUCUUCCUCUGACCUGUCCAUCGCUGAGCCCUCCAGCCCCAAACCCCCGGCCAAAAGAGGGAGAAAGAGAAGUACAGCAGAUAUCAGUAGAGCGCUGCGACUAGCUAAGACCAAUGCACUGUCCUGUCUGAGAGAGCAGGACAGUGAUGAAGAGAACAUCUUCAUCGUCCCUCCCCAGCAGCAGAGCAACAACACAGUCAGGAAGCCAUUCUUGAGGCGUGCUGGUCGGAAGGCCCGGCGUAUUGUGAGCUCCAGUGAGAGUGAUGGAGAGACAACGACCACCAGACAACUCAACCCGAAACGCUCGAAACACACCACAGCGAGAGACAGGACACACACACAUCCGUCUCCAGUUUUGGUUCCAGGGAAGUUUGUGACUCAUCGUAGGGGCGCAACAACCGCCAAACACAAAGCCCCCAAGAGGAAACUCAGUGUCCUGCUAGCCCAGCUCAGCCUCAACUCCUCCGAUGACUUCGUCCAGGGUGGAAGAGAAGUACGGGUCCAGCGUUCCUUCCCUCGCCGUGCCAAACAGGGGCGGGCCCUGGCCAACGCUGACAGCUCAUUGGUCGACCUGGGUAACAGCGGAGUAACCAACAGUAACGGUUUCCUGCGAGACAUCUCUCUGAACGAGUCGCCCGAGCGCUCCUGCCACAGGAAACCUCUCUUCUCCUCCACCCCCAGCUCACGUUCCCUCCCUCCUCCUCCUCCCUCCUUCGUCCGUCCACCCAACCUCGCCAGUGACAUCAUCUCUCUGAACACCACCCAGGAGGAGGAGCUCGAUGUACCAGAGGACCGCGUCUCUCUCACAGAGCUGCGCCAGGCAGUGGGACAACCAGAGGUAGGAAACCGUGAAGAGCUGACUCCCCGUGGAUCAACCAGUCUGAGGAGUAUCGGGAGCCGGAAUGGAGGCUCUGCGAUCCAAGAUGGCGUCGGUGAGCAGCCGAGCCCGGAGCUGUUCUCCGCGGUUGCCUGUGAGCAGACUGACCCGGACAGGACCGGGGAGGAAACUGAGGACGGCGGCCAUUUUGUGUCGGCGGCGGUGGGACAGGAUUGGCUGGCCGAGGUCGUGAAGGCGAGGUGUCUGACACAGUGCUGUGUCGUACGGCUAGAGAGAGUGCACAAACUGCACGGCGACACCACAUGUUCGCCCUGCGUCGACCGGACACGGUCCCAUGACAACGGGCGGUCGGUUGACCACGUGCGCUCGGCGACCAGGGGUCAGUCCAUCGACCAGACACGGUCACAUGACAACGGGCGGUCUGUCGACCACGUGCGCUCGGCGACCAGGGGUCAGUCCAUCGACCAGACACGGUCACAUGACAACGGGCGGUCUGUCGACCACUCGGAGAUCUGGGAUUCCUCUAGAGACCGCACAGGGUCAGUGACUGAAGGGCAGUCCAUCGACCACUCGGAGAUCUGGGAUUCCUCUAGAGACCACACAGGGUCAGUGACUGAAGGGCAGUCCAUCGACCACUCGGAGAUCUGGGAUUCCUCUAGAGACCACACAGGGUCAGUGACUGAAGGGCAGUCUAUAGACCGUGCGGUCAGCGACAGCGGUCAGUCUCUGGGCCGUAACGGGUCUGUCAGCCGGACCAGUGACGAACCUGUCAGGGUGAAGCAGAGACUGACCACACACUGUGAGGUACAGCUUGGGAGGCUGACCGUAACUCGACUCCACAGAGAGACCAGCCUGACCGUAACCCGACCCCACAGAGAGACCAGCCUGACCGUAACUCGACCCCACAGAGAGACCAGCCUGACCGAAACUCGACCCCACAGAGAGACCAGCCUGACCGUAACUCGACCCCACAGAGAGACCAGCCUGACCGUAACUCGACCCCACAGAGAGACCAGCCUGACCGUAACUCGACCCCACAGAGAGACCAGCCUGACCGUAACCCCGACCCCACAGAGAGACCAGCCUGACCGUAACUCGACCCCACAGAGAGACCAGCCUGACCGUAACUCGACCCCACAGAGAGACCAGCCUGACCGUAACUCGACCCCACAGAGAGACCAGCCUGUUGUCCAGGACAGUCUCGUUCCUAAAGACCACGUUCCCAGGGACAAGGACAGUCUCGUCCCUAAAGACCACGUUCCCAGGGACAGUCUCGUCCCUAAAGACCACGUUCCCAGGGACAGUCUCGUUCCUAAAGACCACGUUCCCAGGGACAGGGACCAGUCAGGGACAGUCCCUAAAGACCACGUUCCCAGGGACAGUCUCGUCCCUAAAGACCACGUUCCCAGGGACAGUCUCGUUCCUAAAGACCACGUUCCCAGGGACAGUCUCGUUCCUAAAGACCACGUUCCCAGGGACAGUCUCGUCCCUAAAGACCACGUUCCCAGGGACAGUCUCGUUCCUAAAGACCACGUUCCCAGGGACAGUCUCGUUCCUAAAGACCACGUUCCCAGGGACAGUCUCGUUCCUAAAGACCACGUUCCCAGGGACAGUCUCGUUCCUAAAGACCACGUUCCCAGGGACAGUCUCGUUCCUAAAGACCACGUUCCCAGGGACAGUCUCGUUCCUAAAGACCACGUUCCCAGGGACAGUCUCGUCCCUAAAGACCACGUUCCCAGGGACAGUCUCGUCCCUAAAGACCACGUUCCCAGGGACAGUCUCGUUCCUAUAGAGCACGUUCCCAAGGACAAAGACAGUCUCGUCCCUAAAGACCACGUUCCCAGGGAAAACCCCCACAGUAGGAAGGUGGGAGGAGCUCCUAUAGAGCGGGAGAGGCCCGCCACCAGUAGGAAGGUGGGAGGAGCUCCUAUAGAGCGGGAGAGGCCCGCCACCAGUAGGAAGGUGUGUGUGAGCGCGUUCCUGACUCCGAAGAGGCCUCUCUACCUGCUGUCCUCUCCUGAGGCGGAGCUAGGUGAUGUCAGUCAAAAACUGUUCUCCACACCCCGCCGCACGCCCCGCCCACCAAACCUCCGCUCAACGAUACGGGGGAGCACUCCUCUGAGUGUGUAUUCGUUAGCCGGAGAGCUGUCUGAUGACCAGAAGGUCUUUUCGGAGUGUAACCAGACAGGACCUCUGAGCUUCCAGGACUGUCUCCCAGCAGCCAGGAUGAAGCUGUGUCGGAAGGUCGGAGAGGGGACCUUCGGAGAGGUCUUCAGUACCACCAACACCUCUGGAGACGCCGUCGCUCUCAAGAUUAUCCCAGUAGAAGGAUGUGACCAGGUGAAUGGAGAAGAACAGAAAACCUUUGGAGAAAUCCUCCACGAGAUUAUCAUCUCCAAGGAGCUGAGCAGUCUAAAGGAGAAGAAACACAACCAGACCACUGGCUUCAUCGGACUAAAGGAUCUACACUGUGUCAAGGGCUGCUACCCUCCAAGCCUGCUAAAAGCCUGGGACUCCUUCAACACACAGAGAGGAUCAGAGAAUGACCGGCCAGAUUUCUUCAAUGACGAGCAGCUGUUUCUGAUCCUGGAGUUUGAGUUUGGAGGCAGAGACCUGGAGAACAGUAAUGGACAGCUGGCGUCGGUGAUGGUGUCUAAGAGUAUCCUCCAUCAGGUGACUGCUGCUCUGGCUGUGGCUGAACAGGAGCUCUGCUUUGAACACAGAGACCUCCACUGGGGUAAUGUGUUGGUCCAGUCCACUAAGGAGAAGGAGGGGAGUUUCCUCCUCAAUGGAACAAACCAUUCCUUAGAGACCAGGGGGGUGAGCGUACGCAUCAUCGACUACUCCCUCUCCAGGCUCGAGAUCGAUGGUCUCACCGUGUCCUGUGACAUCUCAGAGGAUGAGGAGUUGUUCCAGGGCCAUGGAGACCUGCAGUUUGACAUCUACAGACUCAUGAGACAGGAGAACGUUAACAAGUGGGGUGACUACCAGCCCCACUCCAAUGUGUUGUGGCUCCACUACCUGAGCUCCAAGCUGCUGACUAUGACCUAUAAAGGUCGAGGGGGGCGGGGUGUCAAGCAGGCCAGGUUGGACCUGCAGCGUUUCCACGACGAUGUCCUCACCUUCCGAUCUGCCUCUGACAUACUGUACAACUGUGGCCUGUUCCAAUGAGAAAGUGUGUGUGUGUGUGUGUGUGUGUGUGUGUGUGUGUGUGUGUGUGUGUGUGUGUGUGUGUGUGUACUGCCACAUAUUGUUGUUGUUAGCUUGGUUAGCGGGAUGCUAAGUGGUUAGCUAUAGUAUUGUGUAGGAUCCAGUCGUAACCUUUUUUGGAGGUGAACUCUUCUUGUGAACAAUAUUUAUAAACCCAGAAGACUAAUGGCUUUGUAUUCUAAAAUUAAAAAGGGGUUUUGUUAUUAAACGUUGAAUAUAAUCAAUGAC